AUGAGCUACUAUUACGGCAACUACUAUGGUGACCUUGGCUAUGGCCUUGGUGGUGUCAGUGGUCUGGGCUACGGCUAUGGCUCCAGCUAUGCCCUUGGGGGCUAUGGUGGCUAUGGUGGCCAUGGUGGCCAUGGUGGCUAUGGUGGCCAUGGUGGCCAUGGUGGCCAUGGUGGCCAUGGUGGCCAUGGUGGCUAUGGUGGCUAUGGUGGCUAUGGUGGCCAUGGUGGCCAUGGUGGCUAUGGUGGCCAUGGUGGCCAUGGUGGCUAUGGUGGCUAUGGUGGCUAUGGUGGCUGUGGCUACUUCCGCCCCUCUUUCUAUGGCAGGUAUUGGUCCUCUGGAUAUUACUGA